UGGAUCAUCAGGAAAGUUCUGGUGAAACGACGAGAGGACUUGAAAAACCCAUCUCAGUGUCUGUGAAAGUGGAAGACGGGAUGAGCGACUCCUAUGGACAUCUCGAUUUAUCUUCCCAUCAUGAAGCAGAAGAUAACAAUACCACACAAGAUGAUUCAAUAACUCAUAAUGUACCCUCAGUCCUUCACAGCAGAGAUCCAUCCACUCAUACUGCUGGUCACAAGAAACCUUCAUCCAAGCAAUUACUGAUUGGCAAAACAAGAACUAAACAGAAAUGUGAGAAACAUUUUAAAAUGAAAUCUAAUCUUUUUUUGCAUGAGAGAAAUUGCAGAGAUAACAGGUCAUUUUCAUGCUUGACGUGUGGGAAAUCUUUUAGCAUGAAAUCCAUUCUAGUUAGACAUCAGAGAACUCACACUGGGGAGAAUCUGUAUUCAUGUCCUGAAUGUGGGAAAGGCUUUAACAAACAAUCAAGUUUUAUUCUGCAUCAGAGAACUCAUACAGGGGAGAAGCCAUUUUCAUGUCUUGAAUGUGGAAAGUGCUUUAGUCGGAAAUCAAAUCUUGUUGCCCAUCAGAGAACUCACACAGGGGAGAAGCUGUAUUCAUGUCCUGAAUGUGGCAAAGGCUUUAACAGUAAAUCAAAUUUUUCUCAGCAUCAGAGAACUCAUACAGGAGAAAAACCAUUUCCAUGUCUUGAAUGCGGGAAAUGCUUUAGUCGGAAGACACAUCUUGUUACACAUCAGAGAACUCACACAGGAGAGAAGCCAUUUGUGUGUCCUGAAUGUGGGAAGUGUUUUGAUGUGAAGUCAUGGCUUAUACAACAUCAAAGAAUCCACACAGGGGAGAAGCCAUUUUCAUGUUCAGAAUGUGGGAAAUGUUUUAGUCAAAAAUCACAUCUUGUUAAACAUCAGAGAACUCACACGGGGGAGAAGCCAUUUAUGUGUCCAGAGUGUGGGAAGUGCUUUAGUCAGAAAUCAAAUCUUGUUGCACAUCAGAUAACUCACAUAGGAGUACAUCAGAGAACUCAAAUAGGAGAGAAGCCAUUUAUGUGUCCUGAAUGUGGGAAGUAUUUUAGGGUGAGGUCAGUGCUUAAAAAUCAUCUAAGAACUCACACAGGCGAGAAGCCAUUUCCAUGUCUUAAAUGCGGGAAAUGUUUUGGUCAGAAAUUAUACCUUGUUAGACAUCAGAGAAGUCACACAUGGGAGAAUCCAUUUAUGUGUUCUGACUGUGGGAAGUCUUUUGGUGUGAAAUCAUUGCUUAUAAAACAUCUAAGAAGUCACACAAGAGGGAUUCCAUUUUCAUGCUCUGAAUGCUCAGAAUGUGGGAAGCGUUUUAGCCAGAAAUCAAAUCUUGUGAAACAUCUAAGAACCCACUUAGGAGAAAAGUCAUUUUCAUGUCUUGAAUGUGGAAAAUGCUUUAGUCAGAAAGCAAAUCUUGUUAGACAUCAGAUAACUCACACAGGAGAGAAGCCAUUUUCAUGUUCACAAUGUGGGAAAUGUUUUAGCUGUCAAGGAAGUGUUGUUCGACAUGAGAGAAUUCACACAGAUGAGAAGCCAUAUUUAUGUGGAAAAUGUGGUAAGUCUUUUAUGCAGAAAUCAAGUCUUGCUAAACAUGAGAGAAUUCACUUAGAAGAGAAGCCAUUGUAAUGUUGAGAUUGUAAGACAUGUGAGAGAUGUGGAGCUUCAUUGUGAGACCUGCUGCCUAAUCAUGUCUUCUGUAUAACUUAAAGCAAUUGUCCAGUUUCCCAUAUUAAUGACCUAUCCUUAGCAUAGGUCAUCAAUAUCAGAUCAGCAGGGGUCCGACUCCUAGAAACCCAAACGAUCAGCUACAAGCACUGUGGUCCUUUCAGUGUUUCCAUGCCAAGGACACUGCAGGGAUUGCGCAGUGUAAUAAUAGUUGCUUCAUUUCAUUCACUUGAAUGGGACGGAGCAGUUAUAGUUACACUGCACUUACUGCUGCAGUGUCUAUGGUAUGCAUGUAAGAGCCAGGGGUCCGCAGCACUUGUAUGGAAGGUUUGCCGGGAGUCAGACCCCAAAUGAUCUGAUAUUGAUGACCAAUAGGUCAUCAAUAAGAGAAACCGGUCAACUCCAUGAGGAUCAGUGUUGUAUUCGUAUGGCACAGACAGGAAUACUCAGAAGACCUGCACCAAACUAUUGUGAUAUUGUAAUCUCAUGGGCACUGGUAUUGUGCCCUCAAGAGCAGGACCACAGCUGUGCUACACAGGUGUCAUCCUGCUUGAACAACAGAGAUCACUGAUCACUGUUUAACUCCCUGUGAGCUGUGAUCAAAGCUGAUGAGAGAAAGCAAGGGAUCAUCCCGUUUGACUUAAUUCAGACAUCAUGAUGAAAAUACUGAAGCAAAGCUGUCAUCUUCCAGGUCAAAAGGGUGUAACAUAUUGUUUUAGGGUGUGGUCAAUUUCCCAUCAAUAUGAUUUCAUAAGGAGAAAACAUAAUGCAGGGUAACUACAGAUAGCAGGAUCUCAGCCUGUGUAGCUGCUAAAGAUGAAAGCCAAGUGAUGUACACUGACGAGCAAAAAGGUAACAAUGUUUUGAACUUUUGACUUUCAGGCUCCAUAUCUCACCAUCCAGUACAUCUAUCUUCAUUCAGC